UUGUUUUAGCUUCUCGAGAAGUAAUAGGUUACAAGAGGGUGCUGUCAUCUGUCGUGUGAGUACAGGCUACCCUGCUUUAAAGGAACAAAUAGAAGAAAAAAUUGAGGAGAAACUAGGGAGAAGAGAAGAACGAGAAGAAAGUAGAGCUCUUUUUGUACUGUCAGAAGAUCUCGGGGAGCUCCUUUCAUUGGGUCGAAACCCACAAAAAGACCCAUAAAAGUCGCUCAUUGAGUGUAAAGUUCUCAAAAGGAGAAACAAAAGGAAGGAAGAACAAUCUUGUCUGGUUGCUCUUCUUCCAUGGAAGUGGAACUGGUUCUUUUCUUGUUCUUUCUUCUUGCUCCGGUUGUUAGAGGCUCUGAUGACAGUGUUCUCUCUCCAAAGGGUGUCAACUAUGAAGUGGCUGCGUUGAUGUCGGUGAAGAGCAAAAUGAUGGACCAGCAGCACGUUUUGGAAGGUUGGGACAUUAAUUCUGUGGAUCCGUGCACCUGGAACAUGGUUGCUUGCUCUGCUGAUGGCUUUGUCAAUUCUCUCGUAAUGGGCAGCGUUGGACUAUCAGGAAUGCUUUCACCGAGCAUUGGAAACUUGAGUCACUUGAGGACAUUAUUAUUGCAGAACAAUCAACUAUCUGGUCCAAUCCCAGCUGAGAUAGGAAAGCUUUCGGAACUUCAGACUCUUGAUCUUUCAGGAAACCAAUUUUCCGGGGACAUCCCAAGUUCACUAGGAUUCCUAUUUCAUCUGACUUAUUUGCGGCUGAGUAGAAACAAGUUAACAGGGCAGAUACCUAGCGCGGUGGCAAAUCUCUCAGAUCUUUCAUUCUUGGAUUUAUCUUUCAAUAAUCUUAGUGGUCCAACUCCAAAAAUACUUGCAAAGGGCUACAGUGUUUUAGGAAACAGCUUCCUCUGCACUUCAAAAGCUUGCACAGGCCUCUGGAAACCAAUGAACGGAACAGCUGCAGCAUCUUCACCUCAGAGGGCAGACGGUCAUAACAGAUGGGUUCUUUCAGUAGGCACCGGUAUCAGUUGUACGUUCGUGGUUUCGGUUAUGUUGCUCAUUUGCUGGGUACAUUGGUACAGAUCACGUUUUCUCUUCGGCUCAUAUGUACAGCAGGAUUAUGAAUUUGAGAUAGGCCAAUUGAAGAGGUUCACUUUCCGUGAGUUGCAAACAGCAACUGGAAACUUUAGCCCCAAAAACAUCCUUGGUCAAGGUGGAUAUGGAGUAGUCUAUAAAGGAUGUCUUCUCAAUGGUACAUUGGUGGCAGUCAAACGGCUGAAGGACCCAAACUAUACUGGUGAAGUGCAGUUCCAAACUGAAGUCGAGAUGAUUGGCCUAGCUGUGCACCGAAACCUCUUAAGACUCUAUGGCUUUUGUUUGACGCCAGAAGAGAGAAUGCUUGUCUAUCCUUACAUGCCAAAUGGAAGUGUGGCUGACCGAUUGAGAGAGACUUCUCGUGAAAGGCCAUCUUUGGACUGGAAGAGAAGAAUGUGUAUUGCCCUUGGCACUGCGCGUGGACUUCUGUAUUUGCAUGAACAAUGCAAUCCUAGAAUAAUUCACCGGGAUGUGAAGGCAGCGAACAUCCUUCUUGAUGAAAGUUUUGAAGCCAUAGUUGGUGAUUUUGGUCUAGCUAAAUUGCUAGAUAGGAGGGAGUCUCAUGUGACUACUGCAGUACGUGGUACCGUGGGACACAUCGCCCCAGAGUAUCUCUCAACCGGACAGUCCUCGGAGAAAACCGAUGUCUUUGGAUUUGGGAUACUGCUUUUGGAACUCAUAACUGGGCAAAAGGCACUAGAUGCUGGAAAUGGUCAGGUUCAGAAAGGAAUGAUUCUUGACUGGGUGCGAACCUUGCAUGAAGAAAAGAGGCUUGAAGUCCUGGUAGAUAGGGAUCUGAGAGGGUGUUUCGACGCGCUGGAGCUAGAGAAGGCGGCAGAACUGGCCCUGCAGUGUACUCAGUCGAAUCCAAGCCUUCGGCCGAAGAUGUCUGCUGCUUUGAAUAUCCUAGAUGGUCUCGGACAAGUGGAAAACAUGGAGGAUUCACAUGGUGGGAACAACAACCUAGGAGAAAACAGAGAAUGUAGUUUCUCUAGGAACUACAGCGACAUCCACGACGAGUCAUCUUUCAUAAUUGAAGCCAUGGAGCUCUCUGGACCCAGAUGAUGAGGUUUUUUUUGCUCAGCGCCUGCACCAGAUGCUACUGUAUAUAAUAUGAACAUCCGAUAUCUGAACUUACAACAUAUCAGAAAGGAUUUUCGGGAGCGAGUCUUCGAGAGGUUCAGAACGCAGCUUGCCAAAGAAUUUUGUCCUAUGGACUUACCCUAAUAUUCCAAAUAGAUGAUGAUCAUGUCAGAUCUAAUACACAGAAGAACAUAUGUAUGCUUUCC